CAAGGGAAUAAACCUCAGUAUCAUGUUCUGCACAAGGAAAAACAUAGGUCAAUUCCAAUUCGAUUCCAAUUCUUGUCAAUUCCAAUUCCAAUUCUGGUCAAUUCUUGUCAAUUCCAAUUCCAAUUCUAGUCAAUUCUUGUCAAUUCCAAUUCCAAUUCCGGUCAAUUCCAUCAAUUCCAAGCUAAGAAUUGGAAUUGGAAUUGGUUGGACUCGGAAUUGGUGCAUGCCUAAUUGUUAAUGUGAUAGAUAAAGCUUUACAACCAAUGUUGUCUUUAUAAGCAAGUUUUUUUCGUGUUCUUUGAAAGUCGCUUCUAAUAAAUAGCUUCGGCGUUAUAGCAGAUUUACUCAUAAAUUUAACGUUGUUAUUUCUAAGUGAAUCCCUAGACAAUACAAACAUAAACGCUUUGUUUUAAGACUUUUUAAAAAAAUUAGCAUAGAUCUAGUGUAGAGAAUUUUAGAAAAAAAUUAACAUUAGUUACAAAAGAUAUCGGUUCAACUGAGUUUCAUACCCUUUCCUUUUUUGAAACAUGCAUGAAACAAUAUUGGGACAAAUUCAGUUUAUAAUAAAGAUCUUAAAAACAAAAAUGAUGCUUUCAUAGUAUGAAAUUUUGUAGUUAGGAAGAAUCCUUUUUUUUAACUAUUUUCCAGCAAAAUAUUUGAAAAACUGGACUUUUCAAACUUUAUAAAGAUAUUUGUCCAAAUUUUGCAUGUCAGAUUUUCAUUCGACACACUCUACAGCAUACACAGAAAAAAGUUAGCAUAAUCUCAUCUUCCUCAGCUUUAGAUAAUGAAAAUAGUUUGACUUUUUUGUAAAAUUAUUGUAAUGUUUUCCUGUAUAGGUUCAGGGCAUUUUUCACUUAUUAAUCUUAUGAUUUAAAGCAAUUAUUCAUCUCUAUUUGUAAAUUUACUUAGAUAAUUGAAGCUGAAGCUCUUUUAUUGGAACAAAAACGUCUGUCUGACAAUAAUGAUGUUAAUAAAUCUACAUCAGCUGAAAUCAAAACUAAAUUUUACACACUUAUACCACAUAAUACAAUUUUUGAAGUAAAUUUAAAUGACCAAAAAAUAUUACGAGAAAAAAUGGAUUUAUGUCAAAUGUUACAGGAUAUGUUAACUGUAAAUGAAAUGACAUGCUGGAAUACAAAGGCAUCAAUAGAAGCAAAAUAUCGUUCAUUAAAAUGUUAUAUAAAUACAGUUGAUAAAGAUACAUUUGAGUACAAGAAAAUAAGCGAAAUGAUUUAUUCAACAACUAAUAUAAAUGAACAAGUGAUUAUUCACAAUAUAUUUGAUCUAACCAGGCAAACGGAAAGAAUUAAUUUCAAAUCAAAUGUACAUAAUCAAUCUCUAUUAUUUCAUGGUUCCAAAUAUAGCAAUUUUCUUGGUAUCCUGUCUCGUGGUUUAUUAAUGCCAAAAAUACUUGUUAAUGAAGAAGGUGGUUCAAGAACUGAUAUUGGACAUUUGGGAUAUGGACUUUAUUUUUCUGAUUCAGUCAGUACAUCAUUGCAGUAUACUGUAAAGAGUAAUCAAAAUGAUAAACGUUUAUUGUGUAUGUGCAAUGUGGCACUAGGAAAUAGUGCAAAUUACUAUUCAUAUUCAUAUAAUUUAACACAGCCGCCAGAUGAAUACCAUAGUGUUCAUGGUGUUAAAAUGACAAAUGAAAACCGUUCAAUGUUUAAAGACAAUGAAUAUGUAAUUUAUAAUCUAGAUCAACAACGUUUAGUUUAUUUAGUUGAAGUAUCAUGGAAGCCAUAUGACACAGUUUCAAAAGUUCCAAAAAUAUUACCGCUCAUAAGAGAUCAACCACGAAUGUUAUCAGAUCAAGAAAUAUCUAUUGAAGUACCAGAUAUAAUAGACGAUGAACCAAUAAAACUUGCAGAACAAGAUUAUGGUCUUAUAUCAAAUUCGGGUCAACAAAUACCACUGAAAGCAUUUCACAUAAGAGCACAAUUGGUCGAUAUUACAGCUGAAGUUGUUUUAUAUCAACUUUAUCAUAAUAAGAAUUUACAAGCAAUCGAAGCAAAAUAUAUUUUUCCAUUAGAUGAACAUUCAACUGUUUGCGGUUUUGAAGCACAUAUUAAUAAUAAAAUUAUUAUCGGUGUUGUUAAAGAAAAAGAACAAGCGAAAAAAGAAUAUCGGGAAGCGAUUCAACAAGGACAUGGAGCUUAUUUAAUGGAUCAAGAACAGCCCGAAGUCUUCAGUGUUUCCGUGGGAAAUUUACCACCUAAUUGUGAAGUUGUUGUUAAGAUCACUUAUGUUUGCGAUUUGCCAAUUGAAAAUGAUGAUAUUGUAUUUCGUAUUCCAUCUAAAGUUGCAUCAUGGCAAGCAAAAGAAGCAAUUGAUGAUCAUAAUCAAACAUUAUUACCAUCAAUUGGUAUAACAGAUGUCGAUAUUAAUCAAAUGCAAUUUAGUCUAAAAGCAUCAAUUCAAAUGCCAUACGAUAUACAAAAAUUAUUUUCUCCAACACAUCGAGUAAGCCGUAAAUUAACCGAUUGUCAAGCAAUGAUUGAAUUAAUUGACAAUAUAUUUGAUAAAGAUUUCAUAUUAACAAUAACAUUGAAAACAAUGAAUUUACCAAGAAUGUUAGUUGAAACAUGGCCUAAUUCAGAAUCAAAAGUAUGUGUGUCUUCCACCAUCUUUGAUCAAACUAGCAGUGCUUUGUGGACAUUAAGCAGUAAUCAGGAAAUAUAUAUAACAUAG